GGUUUGGGAUUGGGCCUACAUGUCAGCGCGCUCCUCUCACUCCUGUAGCUCUUCCCAUUGGUCCGUUACGCUAAACGGAACCCGGAAGUGCUUUGUUUUGAUCAUGCAGCUGAAAUGACUGAAAGUGGAGCUCAGCUGUUCGCCCGUCUGGAGGCUCGUCGCUGUCUGAAGGACAUCGAGAACAAACUGUUUCCUGGAGACGGAGGACCUGAACCCGGUGAGGUGGUGGAGCUGUACGGACCAGAGGGGACAGGUAAGACGGAGCUCCUGUACCACCUUCUGAGUCGCUGUCUGCUGCCUCUGAGCGCCGGAGGGCUGGAGGUGGACGUUGUGUUCAUGGACACCGAUUAUAGUCUGGACAUGUUAAGACUGGUCAGCAUCCUGGACAGCAGGCUGAACGCAGGUACGCACCAACAAAGAAGAAGCAUUCAAGUGUCAGCUCGCUCCUCUUCCUCCUCUGGUUCUGAUGAAGAGCUGUUGGGUUCCUGUCUCUCUCGCCUCCUCGUCGUCCAUUGCUCCUCUUCCUCCCAGCUGCUCCUCACGCUCCACUUCCUGGAGACGACCUUGACCUCUCGACCCCGCGUCGCCCUGCUGCUCAUCGACAGCAUCUCCGCUUUCUAUUGGCCGGACCGCUGCGAGGGCGGGACCAGCGUCACCAAGCAGGAAGAGAAACUCAGCAAGUGUGCCGAGCUGCUGGGACGACUGCUCAGGGAUUACCGGAUCACCGUCUUCGCCACCUGCCACGCCAUCAGGAGGAACUACAGUGGACCUUCCUCUUUUUCCUCCUCCUCUUCCUCUUCCUCCUCGGACAUCGACAGACCGUACCUCUGCCGCCCCUGGCAGCGUCUCGUAACCCACCGGCUGCUCUGCUCCAGGCAGGAAACUACAAACAUGGCCGCCAACAACAACAGCGAACCAAAAAGACUUCAGAUGUUCACGGUUCACUGCACCUCCUCUUCCUCCUCCUCCUCUUCCUCUUCUUCUAAAACCAAGUCGUACAGGAGCAGCUCCUUCUGCAUAACAGACGCCGGGGUGGAGUUUAUCUGAACGUAUCGUGAUCUGCAGGAGAACCCGUUUCUGUGUUUGUGUAUAUUUGAGUUAUUGUUUACAUGCAUUUGUCAAUAAAGCUGUAAUACCGCUGUGAUCCAGCAGGUUAAGUAUAUUUUACUCGUUUUAUAAUGACUAUAGUUAAUUAUUAAUGCUGUUGUGUGCAUUACUGUUAUAAUUAAAUAGCUAUAUAUUAUAUGUAGAAUUUAUCUUAUUAUUGUUUAUAUAAUGAAUUAAUUAAUAAAGGCUGUAUGUUUGGGGCACGUGCAGCGUGAGUCCGGUUCCUCGCGCUCCACUCCGGGACUUCCGGUCUGAUGACAGAAACCGCAUCCCCAGAGCAGUCCCUCCUGCAGAUCCCUCCGCGGGGUCAGACACUUUUUACCUCACGAACAGAAAACCCCGCUCGCUGAUCAAUCAUUAUAAAACAUAUCAUAUAUAUUUUUCUGAAACGGACCAAUCAGAGUAUUCCUACACUGGUACUUCUACUUUUACUCAAGUACGAGAUCUGAGUACUUUUACUCAAGUAUGAGAUCAGAGUAGGCCUACAAGUACAAGAUCUGAGUACUUCUACUUUUACUCAAGAUCUGAGUACUUCUACUUUACCAGUGUGUAGGAAUACAGAGUGUUUAUUAUUAAAUAUAAUAAAAUAGUGGCAAUACAUAUUUUUAUGGCAGUUUUUUUUGCAUGAAACAACUGUGAGACACAAGGAUUAAAUAUCUAAAGAUGAA